CCAAUGAACGGGCGGAAGAGCUCGGCCCCGCCCGGCCGCGCUCAGCCCGGAGCAGUCCCGGGAGGCGGCGGCGCGCGCAGCCCGGAUCCCAGACCCAGACUCGCGUUCCACCGACUAUGGCCGCGUUGGCGCAGCUGCGCGACUGUCAGGCAUGGAGGGAUGCUGGGCUCCCACUCUCCACGCCAAGCAAUGAAGCCUGCAAGCUGUUUGACGCCACCCUGACCCAGUAUGUAAAAUGGACCAACGACAAGAAUCUUGGUGGCAUUGAGGGCUGUCUGUCAAAGCUCAGAGCAGCAGACCCGACCUUUGUCAUGGGCCAGGUUAUCUCUAACGGCCUCGUGCUCAUCGGCACGGGAAGCUCCGUGAGGCUAGACAGAGAGCUGGACCUGGCCGUGAAGAGGAUGGUGGAGACUGCGCUCACCCAGCUGCUGACGCCGCGGGAGCAGCUGCACGUGUCUGCCGUGGAGGCAUUUGCCAAGGGGAACUUCCCCAAAGCCUGUGAUCUAUGGGAACAGAUUCUCCGAGACCACCCAACAGACAUGUUGGCCCUGAAAUUUUCCCAUGAUGCCUAUUUUUACCUGGGCUAUCAGGAACAGAUGCGAGAUUCUGUUGCUCGAGUUUACCCCUUUUGGACACCUGACAUCCCACUUAGCAGCUAUGUGAAAGGCAUCUAUUCGUUUGGAUUAAUGGAAACCAACUUCUAUGAUCGGGCAGAAAAACUUGCCAAAGAGGCAUUAUCUGUGGAGCCCACGGAUGCGUGGUCGGUGCACACCAUUGCCCACAUCCAUGAGAUGAGAGCUGAGGUGCAGGCCGGGAUGGACUUCAUGCAGCACUCGGAAGCCCAUUGGAAGGACUCGGAUAUGCUUGCUUGUCAUAAUUAUUGGCACUGGGCUUUAUACUUGAUUGAAAAGGGUGAAUACGAGGCUGCACUGACCAUUUACGACCAGCAUAUCCUCCCCAGCCUGCGGUCCAGCGGUGCAAUGCUGGAUGUGGUGGACAGCUGUUCGAUGCUCUAUCGCCUGCAGAUGGAAGGGGUAUCUGUGGGCCAGAGGUGGCAGGACAUUCUGCCUGUGACCCAGAGGCACAGCCGGGACCACAUCCUGCUGUUCAAUGAUGCACACUUCCUGAUGGCCUCCCUGGGCGCCCGGGACCCCCAGACCACACAGGAGCUGCUGACCACCCUGCAGGAUGCCAGCGAAUCUCCAGGAGAAAACUGCCAGCACCUGCUGGCCCGAGAUGUGGGACUGCCUCUGUGCCAGGCCCUGGUGGCAGCCGAGGAAGGGAACCCUGACCGCGUCUUGGAACUGCUCCUACCCAUCCGCUACCGCAUCGUACAGAUAGGGGGCAGCAAUGCCCAGAGAGAUGUCUUCAACCAGUUACUGAUUCACGCAGCCUUGAACUGCACCUCCAGAGCGCAUAAGAACGUGGCGCGGUGAGCUCCCCACCCUUCCCUGGUGCUCACCUCAUGUGGGUCUCCCUGUGCCUGGAGGGUCCUAUUUCUGAGGAUGGGAAGGCACCAGGCUACCUGGAAUCACCUUCUGGGUCAGCCUGCUCAGUGUGCCCAGAGAACCGGCCGACACCGCCUCCCCAUGUACGUCCUCCUUCCUCCUGUGUGGGUCGAGGAGGGCCGAGGGCUGAACUGGUGCAGGUGCCCAGGCAGUGCAGAGCAGCCUGGGUCUCCUGGGGCAGGGUGAGGGAGCCAGGGGAGCCACUGCAUGACCUGCCCCCCGGGGGAUGGUGUUCCCUCCAGGUGCCCACCAGGCACAGGCCAUCCCAUCGAAGGCAGGAGACCAAAGCGUAGGUCAGAGUGUGGCCCAGUGUGUGCUGGGAGCUUGGUCCCCAGUGUGGGGAUGCUGACAAGCUGGUGGAGCUUUGGGGAGAUAGCUAGGUCACUGGGACCUAGUGGCAGCUGGCUAGGUCACUCAGAAGAGAGAAUGUACUUCUGGAAGGACUCCAUUAGUUCUUUCGUAGCCUGCUGUUGUAACGCAAGGCCACCCCAUGCACUUGGCCCCUUUGGCAUGCAGCUGUUUUUCUUUCUGCUUCUCUGUGUUGUGACCCAUCCAAGGGCAUCAUCACUAGAGACCAAACAGAUGGAGCUUCCCAGUCUUGGACUUUCAGUCUCCAAAUCUCUUAAGCUAAAUAAAACCUCUCAACUAAG